AUGUAUCCCAACGUUUUUUACUACUUGGGUUAUUUGCGUGAGGAUGUUGGGCUGUACAAUGUAUUCACUGUGGGACUUCCCGCUUCCAUCAUUGGCUCAGCCAUUAAGUCGUGGGUUUGUGAGUACUAUUUACAAAAAAACGUGAUUGGAUACUUCUACAAGAAGUCAGUCAUCGAAACGCAAAAGGGCUGGAAGGUGUUUUUCCAGGAGACCUGCAAGUUGACGGCAGGUCGUUGCCUCGGCCUCAUAGCGAGCUACCCUCUGCAAGUAAUAAUGAUCCGUCAAAUCGCCCAGCACGUUGGCAAGGAAACCCUCUACAACAGUAUUCUGAAGGCUUUUGUCGAGAUUAACGUCAACGAGGGAUUGCCUGGCCUGUUUAGGCAAGUGCUACUGCACUCUCAAGUACAGCACCGUAAAACCCAGGUACACACGCUAGGGAACAUCACCUCGAAUGCUUGCGAUGUCUCGCUUUUUCUCUCUGCCUUUUCUAGUGGUCUUAUUCCCCGGCUUUUGGGUGAAAUUAUCACCGUCUGGCUAACCGCUGGCCUCGCCUACGCCCUGGAUACUUAUAUUUUUACCGAGGACAUUGAUUAUAAAAUCAGGGAACAGUCGCCGUAUGUUGCUAGUGUGAGUACUCUCUUAGCCUAA